UGAAUACAACUCUAAUUUCUGUGACUACGAACACCUCCCUUCUGUGUGGACACGAAUUCAAGUUUGUGGGUACGAGUAGAAAAGUGUUGAAAUGACGUCACAGGGCGGAGUAAUCGAUCCGCCAUGGCGGAGUAGUCGAUCCGCCAUUAUAACACAGCAUGCGCCAAAUUCAAAGAUGGCUGAGGACAGUGGACCGCUUGGAGCUACCAGCUCAGGUGACGUGUCACAGGGACCAGUGGCUACUCAAUUAUUGGAACGUUUGAAAUCAAGGAUUACAGAUGUGUUAAGCCAACCACACUUGAAUUUGGACUACUUCCAGUAUGUGGUAAAUCAAGAAGCAUUUAUUCUGACAGCUGCCUCUAAUACUUUAAACAUUCCAACUGAAAUUGUAGAGUGUCUUUUAUCCCUGCAAAGUAAGAUCGAUGCAGCUGUUUCCCAAGAGAGCCUGUGUGCUUUUGUUAGAGUUGGAGGACAAGGCAGACCAAAGUUCCUUUUUUCUGAGGAACUUCUGUCCCAGCUCAUCAACGUCCCCUUACCGGUGUCUUGCAUAGUAAAUCUGUUGGGUGUCAGCCAAAGCACAAUCUUCCGGCGUAUGCGUGAACUUGGAUUGUCCACAAGAUUUACAUACAGCAACUUAUCUGAUAGUGAACUGGAUGACGCUGUACGGUCAAUAAAAAGCAGGAUCCCAAAUGCAGGAUACAGAAUGGUGAAAGGUUGUCUGCAAGCUGAUGGGCAUAGAGUUCAGUGGGAUCGUAUCAAGGAGUCCAUGCACAGAGUUGAUGCUCCAGGAGUUUUGGAAAGGAUGACACACCUGGGGUGCAUAGUGAGGAGGACCUACUUUGUGCAGGGGCCUUUGUCAUUAGUACACGUAGACACAAACCACAAGCUGAUACGGUACAACAUCAUCAUAUUUGGUGGAAUAGAUGGCUACUCGAGAAAGAUGUCAGAUGGCAAUGAUAAGGAGCAAUGUCACCUCUGCUCACUGGUCUUCUAG